GAGCCGAGAGACGCGCGGAGACGGGAGAAGCGGCAGGCAGCAGCAGCAGCAGCGCCGUCGCGUUGGCAACAGCUGCGGCGCGCUUUCAAACCGCCGCGCACGUUCGGAGAAAACGCUCGCUGCCUCGCCACUCGCCAGUCGGCUGGUCGGCUACUCGGCUCAGUCCGCUCAGCGCUCAGCUCAGUCAGUGUGCCGCCGGCCUCCGAGCGCAGUGUUUCCGCGCGUGACCGUGUCGCAGUCAGUUGCCGCACUUUCUCUCGAGACUAUUCAGCAGCUCCGUGCAGGCAAGGUGGUGUCGUAUGUGACUAGACCCGGUGCAGUGUGCUGGUGCGUGUGUGAAUAUUUUCGGUGCGCCGCAGACCGACGAGGUUAUGCAUACCUGCACGUCCCAGUAGUUCCCUCAGCCCCUCCUUCCGCUGCGUACCUCUUCUUAUCUGCGGCGACGAUCUUCCCGCGAGCGAGGAGGGAAAAUCGAAGAUGUGACCGCGAGAUCGCCGCCGACGGAGCAAUCUCUUGCUUUUGGCCACGCGCGACUAGUCCGCUCGUCUCUAGUGUUCCGAGCUCCCGGUGCUCCCGCAAGUACUUCCACACUCGUGACACGCGGGAGAAAUGGCGCGACUACUCGCGGCGACGCUGUCUACGCUGACGACGAUGCUCCUGGUGGCGAGGAUCGAGUCCAAGGUCGACGACAACGAUCUCAAGGACUACUGCUCGAUGCACAGAUUCGAGAACCUGCCGGGCGGACUCCGCUUCACCAAGGAGGUCGUCAGCACCGAGUACGCGAAUCUACUGUCCUUCAAGGCGAUACACUGCUGUCUCAGGGGAUACCGGAGCAUCGAAUGGUACAAGGACAGCCGGCCCUAUCCGUGGCCCGGCGGCGAGAGCACCUUCAUCCUGUACCCGGAGAGUGCCAAUCAGACGAUUUACACGCAGGAGGUGAGGACGUCCGACGCCGGCCGCUACUCCUGUCGGGCGCGCAACGACACGACCACCCUCGAGGGCGACAUCACCCUCGAGGUCCUCGGCGAGGAAACAAACGGCUACAAGGGACGACCACUGCCCACCUAUAGACCGUCGUCGCAGCUGGUGCCUCUGGGCGGUACGGCCCGGCUCUUCUGCGAGGCCUACAUCGGCCAGGCGUACGUACCAGACGCUCGAAACUCCGUCACCUGGAGGAAGUCCGGGAGCAACAUUACUCUGCCGAAUCAUGGGAGAGUCUCGCAGUAUCGCGUUUCACGGGAGCGCGACCAGAUCGUGGGAUCCUACCUGGUGAUCGAGGAAAUCACUCUGGAGGAUUACGGAGAAUACAUGUGCCAGGUCAGCAACGGAGUCGACGACGACGACAUCAAGCUCCCGGUCCACCUGUACCGUCAAGAGCCGCAAUUCAGCCUGGGACUGCAGAACGGCUCGUGGCGCAAGUCUCUGCUGCUGGCGGUGCUGGUGCUGGUACUGCUCUUCUCGGCGGCGGCUUUUUACGCUCGCUGCUGGCUGCCCCUGGCCCUCCUCUGCCGCGACAAAUUCGCCCCGCUCGAGGAAAACGAUGGGAAGGAGUGCGACGCUCUCGUCUGCUAUCACGAAAAGGACUCGAACCUCGUGGUUGGAAUCGUCAUCCCGACGCUGGAGACGAGGCACCGCUACAAGUGCGCCUCGCUCGAGCUCUCGAACCUCAGUCAACACUGGAGCCUCGAGAUAGCGCCUCAGGCAGCGACGGCCCGUCGAGUGAUCGUGGUGCUCAGCCCUGACAGUCUAAACAGCGGCUGGACAGAGUCUAGCUUCGGCCACGUGGUCAAGCAGCUGUCGACCCUGGCCGUCCGCACCAUAAUCAUCGCCCUGAAGGAGCCACCGACGUCUCCGGUCAUGGCGAAGUGCUCGACUCGCGGCCGGCGCGACGCGACGACCCCCGCCGAGCAGCAAGUCCCGGUCCCGAACCAGGAGAUCCUUCGUUGGCGCGAGUCGGACGAGCGCAAGUUCUGGUACCGACUGAGGCUGGCCCUGCCUCCUGUGAGGCCGGCCCAGCCCGAGGGCCCGAGCGUCGCCAUGAUCGUCCAGGCCAACGGCAAACCCGGCCAGCAGAAGGCCAGGUCGAGGGAGAGCCUCGAGGUGCUCGUCUAGAACGAGGAGAUGCCCGAGAGCUGCUUCUGAGGGCUUGGCUCCUCUGCUUCGGGGAGACGCUUUUUCGAAAUGCCUCGACCGAGCUUUACCGCUCAGCCGUUGCGUCGGCGAGCGCUAUGCCACUUGGUUCGUGGACGUUGUGUAUAAAGGAUGCUGGAGAUGAAAGUGCGAGAGUCUCAGUCCGCGCAGCUUUCAACUAUUCGCGUGAUCGCGCGACAAAAGAGAGAGAGAGAGAGAGAGAUGAUGGAAUAUGUAUGUAAAGUAUAACGUGCGACGAGCACUUUUUCUAGUUAUACAACAAAGCCGCGCACAGCCUUGCUGUAUCGGGCGGCCAAAUUAAUUGAUAAUUUUAGUUACUAUAAUGGGUUUUACGUGGCGCGAAAGACGGGAAAUCAUACUUAAGUCGUGUUAUCCCUUUCAUGGCAAUGCUUAUGAAGUGCAUUUUAUCGCAACGAAGCUCGAUUAAUGUUUAAAACAGACUUCUAGCGUCGAUGCUGCAUAUGUUAUCCUUGUGAAAUAUCAUGCACGUGAAUGUUUGUUUUUAAAUGUAAAUCGGAUUGCUUCCGAACGUCUGAAAAUGAUCGAUUAACUAAUGAGAGCUGUUGACUAACAACAAGUAGAUGAUGCGUCUUUCACACUUAUUCUGAAUUGUAAAUAUUAUCAUUUAUUUUUAAUUAUAACUUGUAUUUUUUAUUUCUAAUGCGAACCCAGUGAAAGAAAAUAAUUAUUUUGAAAAUCAAUUAGAAAUUAUUUUAACGAGGUCUGUUGUAUAUCUUUGUAAAGUUUAUUAGUUACGCUUAAAUUCAAAAUAUCGGUUCCUCUCUCGACGAAAGACUUGUAAAAAGUAAUAGAAAAUUACUUAUUGAACCCAUAUUAUACAAAUAUAUACUCUGAAUAGUAGUAGAUGUACUGAAUUGAACUUCGAUAAUUCUUUCUCGUAUUCACACCCCGUAGCUAUCCGUUUUAACUGCAAAAGGAACAAGUUUCAAGUAUUCGGAAAAGGCAUUUUUUAAUUUUUCCUCUUUAUUGCGAGAGCCUAUUAAUAAGGCUGCUGUUUUUGUUCUCUAGAACAUAGCAGAUUUCGUAAAAUUUAAGUCUUAUCAGAAGACUGCCAUGUUAAACGUGAUUAAAUUUCAAGUUCUUCGAAUUCAGGAAAAAGGAAAGUAAUACCUUGUAAAGAGAAAAAAGCGAUUUGACUCGCUUCUUCAUUAUAGAUAUGCUCUUGUUAAAUCCAUGUCUUGGAUCCUUUGAACCAAACUUAAAAGUUAACUUUUUUCAAAGUUGAUUAUUCAGUGUAAAUCUCUCUUAAAGUAAGCCAGUGACAUAAUUAUGCGCUUGAGUGUAGUCUUUGUUCCUCAGUAACUGGUAAAUAUUAUUCGACCAAAAUAAGUCAGACUUGAAAAUCUACUGCCAUCAAUUUUUCACUGCUAUUAAAUUUAAACGUGUAUUUUAAUAUUUUUCAAAUGCAUAACAGAAUUUAUGGAAAAUCAUUGUAAUAUGAUUGUUAUAACGAGUGUGCAUUUACCUUAAUGAGAUCCUCUAUAUACCACGUACGAUCGGUUUACAAGGCUCCAAAAUGUGGCAAGUGUACUUUUGUAAAUGCUUGUUGUAAACGUGUUUUACAAUGAAUACUAUGAUAUAUUGCACAGAUAUGAGAAUAAAAGCAAAUAGAAAAUACGACUGAUGGGCGAAUUAUGAAAAGUUAGAAACUGGGCUUGAGCGAUUGUAAAUACUCCGACAUCAAUAAGAUGCUUCAUCGACGUACUAUAAGACUAUAACGAUACGCACUUUAGCACUAGACGAAUUUGUUAACUGUUAAUGAAUAUAUUUCAUUAUACUUAUUAGCAUAAGUUUAAAAAGAUCCGUGUCUAGAAAGUUAUUAACAAGUUUGUUCAAUGCACCUUGAGAACACAUUUUAUUCGCAGUGCGAUUUUCAAAAUCAAAUUUAAGACACAAUCUAUCGGAAUAAUGUUGUUAUCGUCUAUUAUCCUCUAUUUAGAGUCGCACGACCCAAGUCGAAAGGUCUUCCUUUAGACGAUACGUCAUUAUUACUUUUACGUCCAAUUUGUACAUAAAAAUAUACGUUCAACCCCCUAAUAAGAAAAUACGAAAGUCGACACAAAAGUGUCAUUAUUUAUUCGAAAAUUAUCAAGGCGUACUGUAUUAUUUAUAAAUAUAAAUAUAUAUACAUACAAAAUUAGAUGCGACGAUUGCGACACCAUACACGCAUAUCAAAUACACAGGUACACAGUUUUUGAUGAAAUUCGUUGGUUUGCUUGUAAUCGCGGAAUCUUCGUCCAUUUAUUUGUUCUUGAUUUUCGCCUAUAUUUCGAGCUGAAAGAGUCAGGUAUAACAUUCAAACAGUUCGAUAGACUACUACCUUUUAAAGAUUGUUUUUGCGCGAUAUCGUUUCAGCUUCAGUUUUUUGAUAUGAAAAACGAAAAAUUUUACAUACAUAUAUGUACGUUAUAAUAAUAGCCUUGUCGUUAGUAUUAGCAUGUUAAAAUAAGCGAUUGCAUCGAUAUCAAUAUUGAAUAUUUGAAAUCUGCUUAAUCAACUUUGUUGAAAAGGUUUCACCUGCUUCGAGUUAGAACGAGUACGAAACUCGCGAUUUGUGUGCACUGUUAGCAGUCGAUCUAGUUCAAAAAAUUUUGACCUAAAUUUUGUGCGGAGAAAAAGUGCUUGAAAAAUGUGUUACUAAGAAUAAAAUACCAAAUAGAUAAAUAUAUACCUUUAAAAGAAAGAUCAUAUUUUUGUAUUAUACAAUAUGAUUUUAAUUAAGUUUAUUAUGCACAAUCCUACUCAAGAAUGGAAAUGAUUAAUUUUGUAAUUGUUAAUAAAUUGAGUUUAGUGAAUCUCAUUUAAGAACAAAGUUUUUGGUUAUUUAUUCAUACUCCAUAACACAAAUUAGGGAUAUAAUUUUUACAUAUAACAAUUUUCAAUCAUUUUAUUUCUAAAAACGAAUUCUUAGACCAAAUGACGAAAACAUAGACUCCUCUAUAUAAGUCUUCUUUUUAAUUUUGUUCACGAAACUGGUGCAAAGGCGCAGUCAUACUCGAAAUUGCGAGCGAGUGCUCGUCGGCUCGAGUCAGCAGGUGGAAUUGCUAAGGCUGCAACGAGCUUCAUUUUUCAGCGACGAUAUACGAAUAAUCUCUUUACUGUCAGUAUUACGAUACACUAGCGCGUACUCGACUCGCGGAUAUUGCGACUCGGGUAGAAAACGUACAUGCAAGAAUAACUUUAUAUUAUGCACCGAGACUGUAUUUUACUUGCCUAACGAGCCUACGAAUAAGCUUAUUCAGUAGUGAAUAUUUGUGUAUUUUAUUUUUAUUCACUCAUUUCAUAUUAACGUAAUUUAUUUUUUGGAAAAAGAUAAUAAAAAAUUUAACUAUGAUUUGUUAACGAAAAAAUAAAAAUUAAGUGACGAAUUUGUGCACAAAUUAAAGAUAUAUGAGCAUGUAUGCUUCUGUCCAUUAGCUAUUGUGAGACGAGUAUAAACAGAAAUAGAUCAUAACCACACCUACAGUUACUUUUUCUUUUCAAAGCAGAACAUACAAAACGGUUUCCUUAUUCAUAACGUCAUCUACGAUUAAAGUUCGAAUGCUGCGACCUUCGAAGGAAAAUUCUUAUGUGAUAAAUAUCGAUUGUAGUAAAUACAGACAUUUUCUUACCUAUAUUCUACGUAGUUAAUAGUGCUGUCCCUAAGCUUUGGGAUGUAUACCGGCAUUUCGUUAUUAUUACUUUCUUUGUAUUGUACUUUUAUAUAAAUUUAUUAUUUAAUAAAACUAAUUUAUGAUA